AUGGACGGGAUUUUCUCUGCCUUGCUGCUCUCUUUGCUGCUUCUCCUCCAGAGCUAUGGAGUUUGUGGGACACCUCCACAGCAGAGAGGCACCUUGUGCAGAACCAAACCCACCGACCUGGUGUUCAUCAUCGACAGCUCCCGCAGCGUGCGCCCGCAUGAGUUCGACAAGGUCAAAGUCUUCAUGUCCCGAGUGAUUGAGGGGCUGGACGUGGGCCCCAACUCCACUCGGGUGGGUGUCAUCAACUACGCCAGUGCUGUCAAGAACGAGUUCUCCCUCAAGACCCACCAAACCAAAGCCGCGCUGCUGCAGGCGGUGCGAAGGAUAGAGCCGCUCUCCACUGGGACUAUGACCGGCCUGGCUAUCCAGUUUGCCAUCAGCAGGGCUUUCAGUGACUCCGAAGGGGCCAGGGUGAGGUCUCCCAAUUUUAAUAAGGUGGCGAUCGUUGUGACUGACGGGCGGCCCCAGGAUGGGGUGCAGGAUGUGGCAGCGAGGGCCAGAGCAGCCGGCAUCGAGAUCUUUGCCAUCGGGGUCGGCCGGGUGGACAUGCACACGCUGCGGCAGAUAGCCAGCCAGCCCCAGGAUGACCAUGUGGACUAUGUGGAGAGCUACAGUGUGAUAGAGAAGCUGACCCACAAGUUCCAAGAAGCCUUCUGUGUGGUGUCAGACCUGUGCGCCACUGGGGACCACGACUGUGAGCAGAUCUGCAUCAGCACCCCAGGAGCAUACACUUGUGCCUGCAGAGAAGGUUUCACACUGAACAGUGAUGGGAAGACCUGCAGUGCUUGCAGCGGUGGGUCAGGAUCUGCUCUGGAUCUCGUUUUCCUCAUCGAUGGCUCCAAGAGUGUGCGGCCUGAGAACUUUGAGCUGGUGAAGAAAUUCAUCAACCAGAUUGUGGACUCGCUGGAGGUGUCGGACAAGCAGGCUCAGGUCGGCCUGGUUCAGUACUCCAGCUCUGUGAGACAGGAGUUCCCACUGGGGCAGUUCAAGAACAAGAAGGACAUCAAAGCUGCAGUCAAGAAAAUGGCCUACAUGGAGAAAGGAACAAUGACGGGUCAGGCUCUGAAGUAUCUCAUUGACAGUUCCUUUUCCAUCAUCAAUGGAGCCAGGCCCGGGGUCCCCAAGGUGGGCAUAGUCUUCACUGAUGGACGGUCACAGGAUUACAUCACUGAUGCUGCUAAGAAAGCCAAAGACUUAGGCUUUAGGAUGUUUGCUGUGGGAGUUGGCAAUGCCGUCGAGGAUGAGCUGAGGGAAAUUGCUUCAGAACCAGUAGCUGAGCACUAUUUCUACACAGCUGACUUCAGAACCAUCAGCAACAUCGGGAAGAGGCUACAGAUGAAAAUCUGCAUUGAGGAAGAUCCAUGUGAAUGUAAAUCCAUUGUGAAGUUCCAGACAAAAGUAGAAGACCUCAUAAAUUCAUUGCAGAGGAAAUUGGAAGCUGUGGCAAAGAGGAUCGAAGCCCUGGAGAACAAGAUCAUCUAAGAUCCCAAUACAUCAAUUUCCCUCCUUCCUCAUGGAUGAAGACUAGAACUCCUUCAAGUCAUAACAGGCGGCAGCUCAGCCACAGUGCUAUGGCAGCUUCUAUUCCUUUAAAGAGUCUAGUCUACCUGCAUUUGUUUAAAAGGGCAGAAGUAGGACAGUAGAGCAGACAUUGUAUAACAGGCAAAGCACGGUGUGUGACUGAGAGCUAGACCAUACUGAUGUGUGUUAUAUCAUAUAGAAUUCAUAUAUGGAAAAAGUGGAAAGAUUUGGUUUUGAUUUAAAGCUUAAUAUAUAUGUGUUAAUAAGUACUUGAUGACGAGUUCUGUGAAUCCUUGCGGUGUUCUUCUGCAUCUUUUGUUUCUAUGCAUGAGGUAAUUUAAUUUAAAAGUCAAAGUGACUUUAAAAUCAACUCAGAUGCUGGGUGUAAAAUGCCAGAGCUGCUGAUCAGCUUCUUAUUGUAAGCAUGAUGCAUUUGUCAGUAGGUAAAAUAUAGUAACGAGCUCCAAGUGUGCAUUGCAGACAACAUAGGGUAGGGUGCUGCUGCUAGGUGGGUUUAUCCAUAGCUG